AGCGCGGGUGGGAAGGGGAAGAAAAUGGCGGCGAAGAAGAAGUGGAGUGGUACUACAUAAAUUGAAUCUUUUGUGUAUGUCCAUCUUUUCCUCGCACGAUUUAUGCCGUAGGAAGAAUUCAUCGGUACUACCAGCUUUUUUGGUUAUUUGGAUGGAAGCAUGACGAGUUUUGUUCGUGUCGGAAGCUGAGAUGAGUUAGGUGCAAUGCUUCGGCUGUCCCCGUAGUUAGCCUCCAAGUAGACACCUACCAAGCGUGGCUCUGCUCGUUGUAAGUAAAGUUACCACGGCACUAAUAUCAAAUAGAAGUAUUAAGGCAGAAGUAUGGGUCCUACGCUAUUCAUUCUUUUGCGGACAAGGCCAUGGCUCGUCGCUUCUGGCGUGGUUGUCCGCCUCUCGUUCUGGGUUCUUUCUACUUUCUUUAUGUUCAUGUCCAUGAUGGAAGGCCCAGCUGUCUUCUGCCGGGAAUGCACACAAAUGUGAAGGUCGCUGCUCAAAUUGAACACUUCAGGAAUUCAAGCUCUCCCAGGACAGAUCCAGUCUAAUAUGGGAAAGGUGUUCGGCGACCCCGAGUCGCUUCGGGAUCCGAAGACGGAGCUGACACCAAAACAGCUGCAAGAGCGGCAAGCGCGAUUUUCAAAAUAUUGCAGCAAAUUCAAGUACGCUGAUGGGGUUCCAGCGUCCCCCGUAUUCCACGAGGGUAAUGGUAAAAGGGAUUGGUAUUGCGCGGGCCCCACGAGCAUGCUGACAAAGUAGUUGCGCAGCAAGUUUCUGCUACAGUCGUGCUGUAGUAUAUAUAAUGCUGCAGUUUUUCUUUUUUACUAUCUACUAUCCCAAAAGAGGACCGCAAAGGAUUUCCCCACGGACUGCGUCGUACAAGAAACUACAAAUCAAACACGGACGACCGCGAUGCUUGGGCGUUAAUUUUCUGGUCCAUAUUUGAAUCUAGGUAAAAUCUUCGUUUUUUUCUUCUAACAAUCAGUAGUCAGUUUUUCAGCUUCUCGCCCAUCCAUUUGACAUUCGAAAUUUGAAUUUCGCCUCUAGUUGUAAAAAUGAUAUUUAUAUGCAGUUGCCCGUUUUUUAGCAUCGCAGUUUAUUCCGAUCCACCCACACCACGACCACAGCGAUGCCGUUUCCCUGGUAAGCCAAUUGCUUUCACUUGAGUGAUAUUUUUACAGUACCAGUAUAAUCUUCACCCCCAGCCAACCCCGCACGAAUCAGCAUCAGUUAUCAACAGCCCCAUUGACAACUAUAGUUCCCCCCUUGACUCAAACUCAUUCAAUUGCGAAUCACCCCGUUCUUCUUCAACCCGUUCUUCUACUUGGAAAAAGGCUGCUUCCUUUCGUCGUGCCGUGUUCGGAAAUUGAACUCGUGCCAG